AUGGCUAGCUCAAGUGGGACUUACAAUGAAGUGAAUUGUAAUAAUAAUAAUAAUAAUAAUAAUAAGUUGCAGAGUCAUUUGUCUGUGUCUGCUUCUUACAAUGGAAGCUCUGUGCAUGGAGAGUGGGGUAUGCCAACUUUCCAGCACCAGCAAACCAUUUCAAUGGAUUGGACUCCUGAGGAGCAAGCCUUAUUGGAGGAGGGUUUGUGCAAAUAUGCCUCUGAGACGAGCAUUAUCCGAUACGCAAAGAUUGCUGUCCAGCUAAGAAAUAAAACCGUGCGUGACGUGGCAUUGCGCUGUAGAUGGAUGACCAAGAAAGAUAUUACCAAGAGAAGGAAAGAGGACUUCAAUGCUAGGAAAAUCAAAGACAGAAAGGAAAAGGGUAUCGAUUCUUUGGCAAAGCCUGUUCGCUUAGGUGUCCAAUCGGGUUUAUCUCAUGCUCAUGGAUUGGUUUCUAAAUUCAAUGAUGAAGUUAUCUCGUACAAUGAUGCACGUGGGGCUGCUCGUCAGCUGCUGCAGCAAAAUGCUUGGGUUUUUAAACAGAUAUCCACAAAUCUUGCCACUCAUCAGAUACAUGAAAACAUUUGUCUUCUAAGUCAAGCUAGAGACAACAUAUUCAAAAUAUUGACCAACUUGAACGACAUGGGCCCCACGAUGAGGAAAAUGCCCCAUCUUCCUAAGGUGAAUGAAGAGCUAGCCAACACCAUUCUUCCUCCUACAUCUUUCCAAAUACAGUGA